AUGUUUGCCUUUAUUGUUAUCGUUUUCUGUUCUCACUUAUUGCUUGCUUCAGCAAACAUCAAACCAAACGGUACUCAUAUUAACCACUGGGGAUUCAUCAAGCUUCUAAGUAGACCAAUCGACCAUUACGAGUUUAAUGUUGGAGAUAACUUAACUUUGGAAUUUUUUUUCGUCGGUAGUCCACCACCAAACGUUCACUGGUUUACGAACAUGACAUCCAUCUUAAAUCAUGACAGUGAGGAUCAAGAUUCAGUCGCUAUGCGUGGCUAUUCACCAUACAUUAAAAAUAUAGCCGCAAUCAAAUCAAAAUUCCAUAUACCAAUCGCAACUAUACAUAAUGCUGGUCAAUACUCUUUCAUGGUUACAAAUGGCAUGGAUAAUUAUCUUAACAAAACUUUUCAUGUUACAGCAUCUCCUCGAAAUUUUACCGAUCCAUCUCGUAAAAUAGCUGCUAAUCAACAAAAAACUAAUAAUACUAUACCAUACAUUCGUACAUGGACUCAUACUAUCUUAGCAAAAAUUGGAUACCCUGCUAUUUUAACCUGUCGCACAAACCAAGCUCCUGGUGAAUCGAUUGAAUGGACUGAUUCUGGUGGUUUAGAUCUUGAAUACUUCUACAACUUCAAAAUGUUACCAUCUGGGGAUUUACUCAUACGAAAAGUUUUUGAGGGAUAUCUUGGUAGUUAUAAAUGCAAUGUACAAAAUCAAUACGGGCGUGAUACUGUGGAAAUAUUUCUGCACCCUUCUUAUUGA